AAUCCGAAUGUAAACACUAAACAUUAAACACGCUUGUCUCAAAACACUGCAGAGUCCAGUAAUUAUAACAGCUUUUAAGUUAUUAAGUACACUGUACACAGGUCAUAAUAUAAUCUGUGGUUAUUGUAUAAUUUAAUAUGUGUAAUUAUUUUUAUAGUGAAACAACAAAUAUGCAUUAAAAAAAAAAACCAAUUGCUAACAAGUGCAUUUUUUGCACUAUGUCUAUAAGCGUUAAUGAUAUUUUUAUCGGAGAAGUGGCAUCUGUCCAAAACUAUGGAGCGUUUAUUAGAAUACCGGGAAAUAAACAACAAGGUCUGGUACAUCGUACUCAAAUGUCUAGAGCGCCAGUGGAUGACGCAACAGACGUAUUGUCCAAAGGAGACAAAGUGUGGGCCAAAGUCAUUGGAACGGACGAUGGAAAAAUUUCGUUGUCAAUGAAAUUAGUCGAUCAAGGCAGUGGACGAGACUUGGAUCCAAAUGGAGUUCAAAUGUUCCAAGAUGAACAAAGAAGAAAAAUUCAGCCAAACUCGAAAGGCAAGCGAACAAUACAGCUUGACGCAGUGUACAAUACAAAAUGUGUAAAAUGUGGAACUGGUGGACAUUUAGCCAAGGAUUGUUUUAAGGGUCAUUCUGGAAAAACUUAUGAUCUUUUACCAGAAGAUGACGACAGUGACGACUUAAAAGUUGCAUCGAAUGUUGCCACAAAACCUGAAUUAAAGACUGAAAGCAAUGUGCCUAUAAAAUCUGAAAAAAAGAAAAAGAAAAAAAAGUCUAGCGACAUAAAGAAGAAAAAGAAAAGAAAAAGGCAUUCGUCAACUUCGUCAUCAAGUAGUUCGAGUUCAGAUGGCAGUUCGAAAAAAAAAUCAAAAAAACACAAGAAAAAACGAAAACGGGAAUAAAUUGAAAUUAAAUGAAACCUACAAGUUUACACAAGAAAAUUUAACUAAUGUAAAUAAAUAUUUAAUUAUAAAACAAUCUACUAAAAAAAUUUUUUUCCUAGUACGUUUGUUUGUAUAAUGAUGUGUGGUUUUUUUUUAUCUGAAGAUUCCAUAACUUUUUAAGUUUUUAUAUUGUUGUAAUUGUAAGUUAUGUUUAUCUAAUAUUGUUUAGAUACAAAGCCUUGAUCAAACGAUUUUCCAAAACAUUUUUUUGGAUCCAAACAUAAGUGUGUAUUUAUGAAAUAUAACUUACAUUUUUAACUGUUUUGUUUGUAUUUUUCAAAGUAUUAUUUGAACUCGAA